AUGGAACAUAGCGAGCUCAACCUGCAACAAGAGAUCAGCCAGUUCGAUUAUCUUCAAGCGCAACAAGCGCCACUACCAGUCCCAGAACCGCCGAUGAUCAUCCCAGGCCCACUAGUCAUCAGCGAUUCGGCGAUCGCAUUAUGGAAUACUGCAACACAAACGGCUCAGGGUCGCGCCCAAGAUCGCUGUUCUGCGUUGCAGUACGAACCUAUCCCAACCACAGAGCAAGAUAAAUGUUGGCUUACCCUGUUGGCGUUACAGAAGGAGCAGGAGCUUGAAGACACCGUCAAAUGGGUGGAAAAUGCCUGGAAGGAAUUGGUGGAGCUGCCUGUCGGAGGGCGCGUAGUACAUGUCCAGAUCGGCGUUGAUGAGCUGGGAGCUGAAAUCAUAGUGCAUAUGUAG